GUCCUGGGUCUGUCAAUCCAUGCCAGUACCUGUGUUGAUGUGCCUGUGCCUCGUCAUCCGACAGCCUCAUCAUCAGCAUCACGCCUAGGGUCAGCAAGCUUAGGUUCAGAUCAAUCAAGACCUCAUGGCUGUGUUGUUGUGUGGGUCUGAAUGGAGAACCAUCAGAGGACCCUCAGAACAAACUAAAAUUUGUAUUUUAGUCACAAAGGAGUUAAAGCUACACCUGAAGGCUGCUGGUUGCUGAUUGGUCAUGAGGCAGCAGGUGGACAGCUGCUAUGAUGAAACGUGACUCCUUCAUCCGUUAUUCAGCAGGUUCCCUUUGUUUCUGCAGCAUUUGGUGAGCACAGAGACGGAAGGUGAGUUCUGUUCUGUUCGAGCGGCACCAAGAGUUGUGAGUCGGUGUUUUCUUCAGUCUUCUCUGAAUAAUUUGUUUUACUUCUCUUUCUUCUGUAAACCAUUGAAGUGAGGAUGCUUUAUUCAAGACUCAAGCUCAUGUAUUGUCACUGCACAGGUGUACAACGGAAAGGACUGUACACUCAUUAAAGACAGCUCACGUAAGGAGGUGGUAAAAUAAAAUAACAAGGCUAUAAAAUAGAAGUCAUGCAAACACCCUCUCUCACACACACACGCACACCUUUCACACACACAGCCAGCUAAAGGUGCAGCAUGUUUUUAGCAUAAUGUAGACAUGAUAAAAGGAAAAGACUAAAUAUAAAGAAACCAACGCCUUCUCUCCUGCCACUCAAAGCGAGCAGACGCUUUUCUUUUCUUUUGCUCUGUCCCUUUUCUUCCCAAGGCUCUUUGUCCUGUCUGCUCUGAGAGCGAAACUUUGGAUUCUUUCUGGAAUUAUAUUUUUAAAAUGAUGGAUCGGGUCAACUGGUCACAGAACAGCAUUGAUGAAAGUUUUAGACAUUCAAAACGGAGAAGGGAGCUCCUUUUAAUCCUGCACGGAAUCGUGUGUCUUUCGCUUCUUUCCGUUGAGGACCCAGAAGACGUACGGUUUGGAUUUAUGAUUUUUGGAUACCUGCUGAUUGAAGUGGGCAGCUAUCUGACAUUUAUGGAGCUGUCGGAGGCUACUGGAAAAAUCCCUGAGCUCUGGGAUGGAAAGGCUGGAAUUUACCCACUGGAGGAUUGAGCCUGUGAUGCUCACCCACUGCUGCAGCCUAGAGAUAAGGAUCUUAUGGACAGCGAUCAAAGGCAGCCACUAGAUCAAAAAGAACAAAAAUAACUGAUUUACUGUAGUCUCACACUAAUAAAACAACAAUAUUAAUAAUAAUAAUAAUAACAGUAGAGAAGACUAAUGCGGUGAUGCUGUAAACCCAAACAGAAAAACAUUUCAUGGUAACUCAGGAAGGAACUCAGUUGUGUGUAAAUGAGGCGCUCCUUUAACUCUUUUGAGUAGUGUAUUGAUGUUCUUGUCAAACAUCUGCAGAUGCUUUUAGGAUGAAGAAUGAAAUAUUCAACAAUAAAUCUGGUGUUUCUGUGGUUAUUUACUCGCAGACAAACCUGGAACCCAUCAUGGAUCUGGACACUGGUGAGACAAUCUUCCAUCAGUUCUCCUGAGUUAGAUUCUGAUGCCAUAGACCCCUGAUCCAGCUGCACUUCACUUCAGUUCCAACAUCUCAUAUUGUGUUGUUCUUUGGACACAGAAACGUGACACAUUUUGGUUUGUUGUGGGCUUGUGUUGUUGUUGGGAAGGGGCCGCUAGAGAACAACAUCUGGUAAACCUGACUCCUUUAGAACCUAAUCCCUGAGCCUGGUCUGCCAGGUGCAUCUCUGACUUCAGUCACAUGGUCAUGUGACUGUCUGUACCAGAGUCUGAAUCCUUCAUUGUAACAUGACAACAUGAGGAUGACCCUUUUCUGCUUCUAUGAACAGAAAUGAUUCAUAAAACUCAUCCAAGUGUUUACCGAGCCACUUUGAAGCUUCUGUCUCUGCAGAAGCUCUGCCAAAUGGAUGUGGUGUUGGUUCGACACAUCACUGCAGCCUUCCAUGUGGGGCGCGGGGCGAAGAAGCCUGACAUUGUCGUGAUGGACAGGGAAGAAGUGAGUUAUCUUCUGAACAGGAUAUUCCACAGCGUGUCCCAGGAGGUGUCAGGUCAUGUGACUGAGGCGGGUCCUGAGGAGACGUGCAGUCUUAUGUUCAGGCUGUUUGAACGUGAUCAGACUGGUUCUGUAUCGGCCCAGUCUGUAAAAACUGCUCUGAUCGCUCUGUCUGCUGACAACCUGCUGCAGAAAUACACAGGUCUUAUUAAUGUUCUAAGGAAGGAUUCAGGAUCCAUCAGCAGGUCUGGACUCAAAUCUAUGCUAAAGGAUCUCAGCCAGGUUCCUGCGGCAGUGCAGGAGGAAGGUGUGUUUGGCAAUGUGGAGGAAGCUCUGAGUUCAUGUUUCAACAAGGUGAUGGCUCCAUCAGUGAGUAAAGAACAUAUGUUUUCUUGGCUGCAAAGUGAGCCACGACUGUUGCUAUGGAUACCAACUCUGUACAGGCUGUUGGUGGGACAAAAGGUCAGUCACGCCGUCCGCUGUCACGUCUGCAAACAGUUCCCCAUCAAAGGACUCAGAUAUCGUUGUAAGAAAUGUGUGAAUGUCCACGUGUGUCAGAGCUGUUACCUGAGCAAACGACAGACCAGGAAACACAGGACCCACCAUCCAGUGGUUGAGUUCUGCAACCAGCCCACCUGGAAAGAAUCUCUGUCCUCUUUGGCCCGAAAUGCUCGUCAUGCCCUGUUACCAUGGAGAUACACUCAGAGAGAUGGUGAAAUGAGGGUCCUGAUGUGGGCGGAGCCAGGAGAGGUCCAGAACAGAGCUCCGCCCCCUUCUCAUGCCUCACAAUUGGCUCAGUCAACCCAAAGUCCCUCAUCUGACGAAGUUUACCAUGAUGUUGCAGUAGAUGCUUUAGCUCCACCCCUUUGCUCAUCCAAGUGUCUCCAGACAGACAAGGAAAUGCAUAGCCAGCAGGAGUCGGUGGCGCUGCUAAGCCAAGUCAAGAACCUGGAGAGAGACAAGUGGCUGCUGGAGCAGCAGCUGCAGGCCUGGAGACUCACUGUCCAAUCAGAACAGGACGCCCUGGUGGACAGGUGCUCUGAGAUGGAGGUUACCAUGGAAACCCUUAAACAACACAACAACCGGCUGCAGGGGAUGCUCACGCAGGCUCUAACCAAUAUGGAGGCUCAACAACACGCUAACAACACGCCUCCAAGCUUUAACUCGGAACGUAUAGAACAUGAAACCUCCAGCCCUCAACACGCUAACAACACGCCUCCGAGCUUUAACUCGGAACGUAUAGAACAUGAAACCUCCAGCCCUCCACAUGCUAACAACACGCCUCCGAGCUUUAACUCGGAACAUAUAGAACAUGAAACCUCCAGCCCUCAACACGCUAACAACACGCCUCCGAGCUUUAACUCGGAACGUAUAGAACAUGAAACCUCCAGCCCUCAACACGCUAACAACACGCCUCCGAGCUUUAACUCGGAACGUAUAGAACACGAAACCUCCAGCCCUCAACACGCUAACAACACACCUCCGAGCUUUAACUCGGAACGUAUAGAACGUGAAACCUCCAGCCCUCAACACGCUAACAACACACCUCCGAGCUUUAACUCGGAACGUAUAGAACGUGAAACCUCCAGCCCUCAACACGCUAACAACACGCCUUCGAGCUUCAACACAGAACACACAGACAGAGGAAACUCCAGGUCUUCCUUUGACUCCCUAACAAACUCAGAAGAAGAGCUGAGAGUGACUGGACAGCAGACUCCAUCUCCCACAAUUCAUCAGGGCUGGACCCUGCCACAUGAGGACCUCCAUGGGGAGACGGAGACUUUAGAGACAUAUCACCAUCAGCCAACAAGACAACAGAGUAGGUCGAAGAAGGAGGGGCUACUGACAGAAGACAAAUGCCUUUUUGCAGAAAGAGAGGAUUGUGGGAAAUGUAGUCCUGAACAGAUGCUCCAGGAAGCCGUUAUCAAACUGAAGACUGAGAUGGAGAAUAAGAGGUGCACAGAGGGACAGAGAAAUGAGACAAGGACAGGUACACGGUGGGAGGCGGAGAUUCUGAAAGCAGCAGAAGUGGUGGGGGACUCAAUACACCACCUGGUGGAAGGCAUGAGAACAAUUAGACCAGGUGACUCAUGUUCAGAGUAAAAAAACGUUUAUUCAGAACGAGAUUGUUCAUGUUUAAAUAAAAAGAAAAUAAAAAGUAUAACAAGCACACCUGUGUAAAAAAAGUAUGAAAGCACACAUCUGCCAAGGUUCAGGACAAACACCUGGAACGUGGCUGAUGAUGUCAUAGUCACAUUCAAAAUAAAGUACUAUUUAAAUCAUUUUACUGGUUUUUAUUUGAAGGUGAAAAUAAAUUAUAAAUCCUUUCUGACUCUGACUUGUGGGACACAGAUGAUCAAUUUGUAAAUGACAUGUUUACAAAACAAAUGAUUAAAUUGUAUUUAUUUAUUUGGAGUUUUUCCCUAAAUAAUAAACAUGAGGCUCAAAAUAUCACAGAUAAUGCUUGGAGCUAAUUUGGGUUUUUAAA